UGGCACAGCCGUCGCGGGAAUCGCGCACAGACCCGUCGCUCUUUUAGCGUGCAAAAAAUGAGCUCCGGGGCUGUUUUCCCUGCGGAGCGCCUCCUCAUUUGCGUGUCCUCGUUGGUGCGUGUGCGGAUUUCCAUCCCGGCGCGUCCUGCGCUCCCCAGCCUCGUUUGACUGUAAAAACCAGAGGCGGCUUCGUUUCUCCGCCCUGCGCAUCCGGCGUCCCAUCGCUGCCGCACAGAGGAGCGCCGCCCUGACUCCUGCUGCGCCGCAUCAUCUCAUCGAGCUCUCCGUCCAUCCGGAUCCACCGCCCGUUCCCCAACCGGCCUGCGCGCUCCGUCAGCCGGCUGUGCAGCAAAUCCAGCAGCGGUCCUCAGUGCUAGGCCCGACGCAGCAGCAGCAUGGAGGAAUUAGACCUUCCACAGAUGAGGAGAGAGGUGGAGAGCCUUCAGUACCAGCUGGCCAUCAACAGAGAGAAGUCGUCCAUCACGGUGACAGAGCUGGUGAAAUGGAUCGAGGGCUGCGUUUGUGAUGAUCCGUUCCUGAACCCCGAGCUGAUGAGAGCCAACCCCUGGGUGGAGAAGGGCAAGUGCGUGAUCCUCUAACGGGCCCACGCCGGCAACGAAUCCACGCACGCACAGUCACCCUGCACCAAGUCACUGCAAUUAUUUUAUUUAUGUGGACACACGUCUGAAUGGUCUGUAUUUAUUUGAAGCGUGUGUGUGUACAGCGCUGGGUCACUUCCCAGAUGUUUGUUUUACUGAGCAAUGUUCAACAGCACGUUUUUAUUGGCUCUUUCCACUGUCAAUCAAAAUAAAUGUUUUGAAUUAUGACAUGGAUUAUUGCACUGAAAUGAAAGACAACUUUUUGUCAUCUUGUGCCACUGCUCGAAAUCCUGUUAUUGUGUUCUCAAAAAGGUUGUGGGUCAGAUGAUGUGGUAAAAUCCAUAAAUUUACUUAAGCUGCACGUUUAUGCACACUCCUAAAGGGAGCCACCAAGAUUUGUGCAGCUGACAACA